GCUCGAUUCGAAAAUGUCGCAAAACUUAAUUUUUGUAAUUUCUCUUAUUGCUUCUGUGUUUUACUGCACAAAUGCUUUAACUUGCCCAACUGGAACAAAAAUCUAUAACGCAAAAUGCUACGCAGCUCUUGGCAUGGAUAUGACUCGGGAUAAUGCCCUUGCCUACUGCCGGAAGACAUACGGACCAUAUGCCAGACUCACCACACCCCUCACGUAUGCUGAGAAUAACUUUGUCACUGAACAAGUUCAAUUACAUGCUAAUUGGCACACUUGGCUCGAAUAUGUAGCUGAUGGAACAUAUAUUGUUGGAGAUGACGGAAAACCACCAAUCUACACAAACUUUGCAGUUGGAGAACCAUUCAGUGUAAACGUUGGUUAUUGCAUCACAAUUGGAAUGAACGGAUACUGGUAUGCUCAGCCAUGCCCAGAUUCUCACAGUGUACUGUGCGAAUUUGACCUUGUGCCACCAACCCCGAAACCAGUGCUCACCACAACUGUAAAACCAAGUGGAUUUCCGAGCUGUGUUCAAAAGUAUUUGAACUUUGUUCCAUGCCAAUCCGGAUGGGAGUACUAUCCACCAACAUGUGCUUGUUUCAAGAUUAUUUCCAACACUACCUAUUAUAAUGCUAUGAACACUUGUAGAAGCAUGGGAGGAACACUGGCUUCUGUUCAUAAUGCAGGAGAAGCUGCUUUCAUUAACCGUCUUGGAGUCCAAGCGAAUUCAUAUUGGGUUUCUACCGCGACAGCUAGAGACAACAUUAUUAUUGGGCUAACUUAUAACUCGGACCGUGGAUACUUCCAAUGGGAUGACUCUACUGUUUUUGACUAUGCUCAGGGAUUCGCUCCAGCUGAGCCGGCCGACUAUACUAGCCAGGGACAGAUUAUCUUGAACAAUCCGAUGGGGUAUGCAACCUACAUGAGAAUGGGCAACUGUGCCUAUCAAACAUGUCGAUAUGCAGCAUGUAAACGAUAUGUCUAUUAAAAGUGUUCUAUUGAUUUGUUUCUUUAUUCUGAUGAAGAUUUUGUAUUGCU